GACGUUUGGUGACGCGCCCGUACUUCUUCCGGGUUAUUGCUCUCUCCGCUCUACGGCAUGUGUUUUCGGAUUUGUAUACCCACAUAACAUGUGUAACUGAAAAUUGGAAAAUAAGAUGAGCUCUCAGAAAGGUAAUGUAUCUCGGUCGCGAGGCCAGAAGCACCAAAACAGCUUCGCCUUCAAACCUGACAAGUACGGAGCGACUGUCCAAGUGAAGAAGGCAAAGUCAAAGAUACACGAUGGACUCUGUCAGCAUUGUAAAGGUGUUCUUGAGUGGAAAGUGAAGUACAACAAAUACAAGACACUCACACAGCCCAAAAAAUGUGUCAAGUGUUGUCAGAAGACGGUGAAGGAUGCGUAUCACAUCCUCUGUAAGCCCUGUUCUCUUCAGCUGGACAUCUGCUGCAAGUGUGGGAAGAAAGAGGACAUCGUUAUUCCAGUAAACUCACAAGAGGACAAGACGGAGGAGGAAGAAGAUGGUGAACAGAAGAAGAAAGAACGAAGGAAGAAGAACUUGGAUGACUUGGACAGUGAUUAUGAUGAUGAUGAUGAUGAUGAUGACUUAAGCGACCUCCGAGAUGAUGAUAAUGAUGAUAAUAAGGGAGACAAUAUUGAGAGGGACUCCGAACCAAAGAAGACCCAGAAUAAGUCUGAUGUGCUCCCAGAUGUGUCCAGAGUCAACAUAAAGGACUGAAGGCAGUGAGAGGGUCCUUGUUAUUCCACUUUUUUAACAUGUAUACUUAACACGUUUUCUACUCAAAGUACAGUAUCAGGUUUGAGAUGUAACUAUAUGUAUAUUAAGUUAUGCAAAUGAAUAAAUGUUGCUGGUUUUGAUGCAGAACCUGGAAUAUGA